CCUGCUUGGGGUGGAGGAGACCUGGGCUACGGGGCCCAGGGACCUGGCUCGGAGUGGGUGCGGGGUGCAGACGCCGGUACCCCCGUUCCCUCGCCUAGUUCUGAGGCUCGUGCCAGGGCUUUCAGCUCCCAGCCUCUCCCCCAGCCUUGGUUUUAUUUUUGAUCCGAGACCUCGCUAAGUCGCUCAGUUACCCGGGCUGGGCUUGAUCAUGCUGUCCUGCCUCAGCCUUCAGAGAGCUGGGCUGGUAACAGUUGUGUGCCACCGUACUGCACGAGUGGACCUCUCAGUGGUGCUGGGCAUCAGGAAGGAGCUCUGCUUGCUAGGCUGGCGCUGUACCCCAUGCCCCAGGCGGAUCCAAUGGGUGACAGGGGGCCUCGGGUGAACCUGGGGCUGCGGUGAGAGUGUGCACUCUUUGGGUGCUCCCUGACGCCUCGGAGUGGGCAGACCCCCAUUCGGGUUAAGAUAGAGAAACAGGUGUUGAGUGAGUGCAGCCUGCAGCCAGGGAAGCGCCCAGCAGGGCCAGCUGACCUGAGCUGGAAUCCAGGAACCGGGAUCCAACCAGAGGCUGCCUAGGUCGGAGGGAAGCGCUGCGAAACGGAGCAUCUGCGGACUCAGAAGCCGUCACACCCGCACCCGAAGAUUGAGAAGUCCUAGUGGGUGGGCUUGCGCCCCUGGCUGCGCGAGUGUUCUCACUGGUGACCCUGAGCAUCCCAGACAGUACUCGGCGUGUAGGAAAGGCUCCGGAAGUAUUUGUGGAGUCCAUGGCAGAACCUUUCUGGGCUGGAAGUCAGAAAGCCUGGGUCUUUGUUCUGUAAAAUAAAAACAGCCAGAGCACUUUGCAGGCCAGUCACAGAGCUAAACACGGCUUUUUUCUUUUUUUGUUUGUUUGGCUUUUUUUUUUUUUUUUUUUUUUUUUUUGUCUUUGAGGCAAAACUUUAUGCAGUUCAGGCUGGGCCUGAGCUCAUUUUGUAGCUUAGGCUGGUCUUGAACUCUUAGCGACCCUCCUGCCUCAGCCUCCCGAGUCCUGGGAUUACAGGGGUGAGUUACCACACCCGGCUUUAUUUUUUAUUUUUUGAGAUACACUCGCGCCAUGUGGUUCAGGCUGGCCUUGAAUUUGAGGGUGAGUCUCUCGCCUCGGCCUCCCAAAGCCCUGAGGUGACAGCGUGCAUCACCACACCGGGCUGGCACAGCCUGGAAGCUCCAAGUGUGAAGGAGCUAGCUCUUCAGUAUGGUAGUUAUGGUAGGGUCCUCAAGCAGAGCUGGAAUUAGAAAUGAAAAUUACCAUCAUGCUGGACAAACACUUGCUAAGGCUCUCAGCACCUGGGAUGAAGAUUUUACCUGUUUAAUUCCUGGAAUUUGAAUCCGGGCUUCUUUCUUAGUCCUCUAUGGAACACUGUCUGCCCUCUAUUUGUGUCUUAAUCAGAAAAAAUGGAACAGUUUCAUUAAGUGUAUCUUGUUGUGGUCUGCAGCUAGGUUUUAAAAAUUCCUACUUUGUUUCUUGGUUACUUCCCAGAAGAGGCUGGAAACCCCAACUCUGAAAACCACAGUAUUUUAUCCUAGGAUAAAGAGAAAAACCAGUAUGGGCAUGGGUGGGUGCACACCUCUAAUCUCAGUACUCAGUAAGCUGAGGCAGAGGGAUCACAGCCUGAACUAUGUAGUGAGACCCUGUCUCAAAAAAAAAAAAAAUGCAGAGGAGGGGGAGAUAAUUUAUACCAGAUAGGGACUGAGUGGCAGCAGAGUAAUAAGAAAGAAGGCUUGCUGCUCUGGAAAUGUCUCCAUCUGGAAAGUCCCCAUGUGUGUCUGGUUUUUGUUUUUUUGUUUUUUUGGUCUUUUUCGUUUUUUAUUGGUACCAGGGAUCGAACUCACAACUGCCUGCUUGCAAGGCAGGCGCUUAUGCCGCUGAGCUAAAUCCCCAGCCCUGUUUUUUGUUUUUUGUCCCUGCUGCAACACAUUGGGCCCUGUCCUUCCUCUUUUAUCAUUGGGUUAUCAGUUGGGACUCCAGGGCUCUGAGUCCAGCGUCACGGGUUACUUAAUGGGUGCCUGGGGCCCAGUGCCUCCGGUGUGUUACACUUGACUCAUCCUAGUAAUUCCUUCUGAGCUGGCCUAGCUUUGGCAUGGUGGGUUGGUAGGAUUUAGGCAAUGUCUCACUAGCACAGGCUGGGCUAAAACUCAUAGUGAUCCUCCUGUCUCGGCCUCCCAAGUGCUGGGGUUACAGAUAUGCACCACCAUACCUGGCAUAUUUUUUAGAACAGUUUUAGGUUUACAAAAGAGAAAACAAAUAAAUGGUAAGGUAGUACAGGAAAAUUCCAUAAACCCUACCUGCAAUUUCCCCUAGUAACAUCUUUUUGGUGGGGAGAGGAUGAGACAAAAUCUUGGUGUGUAGCCAGGCUGACUUGAAUCUGGGGUGCUCCUGUCUCUGCUCGUUUAUUAACAUCUGGUGGUAUUGUCAGAUACUGAGUUACUAUUGGUCAGUUCUAAUGUUAUUUAUUCUGAGGUCGCUGCACAGCUUAAAAAUAAAAUGAAAAAGCCAAGAGGGAUUGAUUGCAUAUGGAUCUUUGCAUUUUUGAGAUGGGAUUCUCUCUGUAUUCCCUCAUCUGGUCUUGGAUUAGAGAUCCUCCUGUUAUCAGCUUCCCAGGUGGCUGGGAAUACAGGUACCUACCACCAUGCCUGACUGUCCAACUUUUAAUUUUAUUUAUUUAUUUAUUUUUGGUAUGGGGAUCAAACUCACGACCUCGCCCUUGCCAGGCAGGCACUUACAGUGCUGAGUUAAAUCCCGGCCUGUCUAGCUUUUUAAUAGUAAAAGUCUCUAGAAAAUACUGGGUUGGUCCAUCCUUUUUCUAUCUUUAGUGAGAUUUAAACAGAUAAAGUUUCCAUACAGAAAGUUCACCUGCUCUGAGAAUGGAGCAUGUUGAGUGUCCAUCAGGAUGCGUCUGUCAGAGGCUCCAGGACACAGUGGGACACAUCAGACCCGAGCCAGUUUUCUUUUGUCCCUUUCCUUCAGUCCCUAAGCCCACACCAGCCCCUGGCAGCCACUGAUCUGCUUUUUGUGACUAGUUUUGCACUUCUGGGGAUCAUCCUAAUAGAAUGUUAUGUGUGGAGCCUGAUGCAGGGUGGUUUCUGAAUGUCUGUUUUUUUCACUGAGCAUAACCCAUCCAUCUCUGUCCUCUUUGGCUGCUAUAAGUAAAGAUGCUGGCCAGGGGUCCUGCUCCUGUAGCCCCAGCACAGGGGCUACUAUUGCAGGAAGAUCUCAAAUUCAAGAUUUUUGGGCUCCCUAGUGGGUUCAAGGCCAGCGGGGACUGUAGAUAGAGCAAGACUGUCUCAAAACAAAAAAUGAGUGUGAUCAUAACACAUCACACGCUGACUCCCCCAAGAUACAUGAGGUGGGACAGAAGGUGACCACAGUAUGUUACAUGAAAUCCAUGUGUCUGCGUAACCCAUGGGCUGUGGUUUUAAGAAUGUGGGGAGACAAACAAACCCCUGAAACUACAAAACCAAAGAGAACUGCUGAGCUGAAUGGCAUUCUAGAGUGGAGCGGCCCAGCUGUGCCGCAUCCCUGUGGUGGAGUGCAGGGCCCCACUCUCCUGUGUCUGUCGUGCCCAGCAGCUGUGCUGGUGGGCACAAGUGGCACCUCGUUAGGGUUCUGAUGCAAGUGGUCCUGGUGACUGGUGCUGUCACCACUUUUUCGCGUACCUCUUUGCUGUUUUGGUGUUUCUUUUCUGUCCCCUUUUGGUUGCUGCAGCUCGAACCCAGGGCCUCCAUGAGCCAGGUGAGCGCUCAGGCAGGGAGCCAUGGGCCCGGCCAGGCAGUGCCCGUUAGAGAAGCAUCUGGGUAACAUUUUGCCCGCUACCGUAUUGGGCGGCUUACCUUAGGGGUCACCGGAGUUACCAAUAAAGGCUGUGCCCAAAGCAGCGCACACUUGGAGUUUGUUUGCAGUGCACAAAUGGUCGUAAAGCAGGGUGCUCGAGUCCCUAGCGGGAGUGCGGGUGCUCCUCUGCUGGCGGAAGUAACUGAGGGGAGAGGAAGUGUGUGCUGUCACUGUGCCCAGACCCCAAGCGGGUCCAGCAGGCUUUCCUUCUACUGUGUGUGCGUGCACGUGCAUACCUGCGCUCGAGCCCGAGUGUGUGUUCAUCUGGUCUCAGCCCUUGGUCAGGGCAUGGCUGCUGUGAUAUUGCACAAUGGGCCUCCCGUGUUUCUUUCCACAACCUGUGUCUCUUCCUCCUGUUCCGCAGUAACAAUCAGCUGCCAAGUAAAUGGGGAGGAACGUUGAGAAUCCCUUACCAAGCAACCAAAGUACCCAUUAGCUCCGGGACAAACAGAUUCACGUAGUGCUUUGCAAAAGGAGGGGCGUGGCUUCCUCACACUGCCUGGCUUCAGCUCCAUGGUGUGUCACCUGUGUGCAUGACUCUGUUGGCCCACAGAACACCUGAGAGCGAUUAGGUGGUUCUGUUCUCUAUGGCUUACUGUGAUGUGUUUAGUGUAGUCCCUUGACUGUGCGAGGUCACAUAUCAGAAUUCAAAUUUGAUGCUUUAUUUUUUUAUUUAUUUUUUAUGGGUACCGAGGUUCGAACUCAUGACCACGCGCUUGCAAGGCAGGCACUUAUGCGGCUGAGCUAAAUCCCCAGCCCCUCAAUGCUUUAUUUUGGUACAAGUGAUUGAUCCUAAGGCCUUCAGACUGAGGCAUACCCCCACCCCUUCUGUUUUUGGUGCCAGGAAUCAAACUCAGGACCUUGUGCUUGUCAGGCAGUCACUGUGCCCCUGUGCCGUAUCCCAGCCCGUAUACUCAUUUGUGUCUUGAAACAGGGUCUUGCUGAGUUGUCCCAGGCUGGCCUGGAACCUGUGAUCCUCCUGCCUCAGCUUCCCAGAGUGCUGGGUCUCAAGGUGUGACCACUGUGUCCAUCUCAAUGGAAAUGUUGCAGGCCAUGUGUGGUGGCACACAUCUGUAACCCCAGCCCCAGGCAAGCAGAGGCAAGAGGAUCACCAAGGGUUCAACAGCCAGCCCGAGCUACAUAGGAGACCCUGUCUCAAAAAAACAAAAAAUAAAAUUGUUGCUAUCUUUCUGUGACCUCAUCCUCUGAGCAAUCUGCACAUCCUAGCAAGAGCAGAGCUUGUGUGCACAUCCGUUGUUCAGUCUCCGCUUGUAAAAGCUCCCAGGAGGCACAGCCUGCUCCAGGUGCGUGUUUCCGGGAGGGCAGUGUGUCCGAGGAGGGCACAGUGCAAAGCUAGGCUAUGAGGGAGGCUGUGAUGGCUCACCGAGCAUCCAGGUCUCAGGCGGACGCAGCCUGAGGGUUCUGAGUCAGUUUUGUCCUAGAUCAGAACCAUUUCUCCUUUCUGAACCAAACCAUCGCUAAGUUUACUGAGGACAGAAAUAACAACACAGACAGUCGCUGAGUGAUCAGCAGGCCCACAGUGAGUGUUGCUCAUAGUCUGUCACAGAAAUAGGCCGCAUUGCUGGGGUAUGGCUCACGGCGUAGGCGCCUGUCUGGCAAGAGUGAGGUAGAGAGUGCGACCCCCAGUACCAAAGAAAAGAAAGAGGCUGUGUUUUGGUCCCAUUCCCUGUGGGAAUGUGAGAAAUGUUUAAAAGAUGCAGAGGGAAUGGAGAUCAUGCAGUUUGAAGGAAUGAAAUUCAAGUCUUAAUUUUGUUUAACCCAGUUUGAAAGUCACCCUACUCCCCGCUUAAAAGAUGGGGAGCUUUGUUGCCCAAGCUGACUUGAACUCCUGGAUUCAAGUAGUCCUCCUGCCUUAACCUCCGGAGUCAUUGGGAUGACAGCCAUGCACCGCUACACCUGGCUGGGAUUCACGUUCUUGGAUUUUGUUGUUAUUUUAUUCUUUUCUUGAACAGAUAAUGUUUAACUCAGAGAAGGUCUGUUAUUAACUACAGGCUCAACUCACUGGGUUUGGGUUAACAACCAACAGUGUAUCUCUCUGCUUCUUUGCUGCUUAUCCUCUAAAUUUAGAAGCUAGGCAUGGCAGGGUGCUUGAGCCGAUGAGAUUGAGGCCAGCCUGGCAAUGCAUGAUAAUGCACAACUGUAACUCCAGCACUGAUGAGGCUGAGGCAGGAGAGUCUCCAUAAACUGUGGUCAGCCUUGGCUGCAUAACAAAUUCAGUGCUCACCUGAACUAUAUAAUAAGAUCCUGUCUCAAAAAAAAAAAGGUCUUAGAAGAAUUUUAAAAACAGUCUGAAACUGAAGUUUCAGUUAUUUUUGCCUUCCACAGUAAUAUUUUUGGAGGCUAGAUGAAGUGAAAAGAAAGCGUUUUCUAAGAAGCCUGACUAGUUCCUGUGGAGUAAAAGUGCUGUCGUGUGGAUUUUAGAUGUUUGUUGCCCGUUGCUAUUCCCCUGAAGAACAGAGGCCCACCCCGAAGUCUGGCACCCACUUUGCGUUCUACAAGGGAGGCCAGCGGGAUGGACAUCGCGAGCCCGCCCUCCUCCAAGUGCAUCACAUAUUGGAAGAGGAAGGUCAAGUCUGAGUAUAUGCGGCUGCGGCAGCUGCGGCGCCUGCAGGCUAACAUGGGAGCCAAGGCUCUGUACGUGGCAAAUUUUGCAAAGGUUCAAGAAAAAACCCAAAUCCUUAACGAAGAGUGGAAGAAACGUAGGGUGCAGCCCGUGCAAUCCAUGAGACCUGUGAGCGGGCACCCUUUUCUCAAAAAGUGCACCGUGGAGAGCCUCUUCCCGGGCUUCGCCAGCCAGCACCUCUUGAUGCGGUCCCUCAACACAGUAGCGCUGGUCCCCAUCAUGUACUCCUGGUCUCCACUGCAGCAGAACUUCAUGGUAGAAGAUGAGACAGUUCUGUGCAAUAUCCCUUACAUGGGGGAUGAGGUGAAGGAGGAAGACGAGACCUUCAUCGAGGAGCUGAUCAACAACUACGAUGGCAAAGUCCACGGUGAGGAAGACAUGAUCCCUGGCUCUGUCCUCAUCAGCGAUGCUGUCUUCCUGGAGCUGGUGGACGCCCUGAAUCAGCACUCAGAUGAGGAGGAGGAGGGGCACAACGACAGUGUGGAUGGAAAGCAGGGUGACGGCCAGGAGGACCUGCCAGUCACGCGGAAGAGGAAGCGCCAUGCUGUGGAGGGCAGCAAGAAGAGUUCCAAGAAGCAGUUCCCCAAUGAUAUGAUCUUCAGUGCCAUCGCCUCCAUGUUCCCUGAGAGCGGCGUGCCGGAUGACAUGAAGGAGAGGUACCGGGAGCUGACGGAGAUGUCCGACCCCAAUGCACUUCCUCCGCAGUGCACGCCCAACAUCGACGGCCCCGACGCCAGGUCGGUGCAGCGCGAGCAGUCCCUGCACUCCUUCCACACGCUCUUCUGUCGCCGCUGCUUCAAGUAUGACUGCUUCCUGCACCCUUUCCACGCCACCCCGAACGUGUAUAAACGGAAGAACAAGGAGAUCAAGAUCGAGCCGGAGCCCUGUGGCUCUGAAUGCUUCCUGCUGCUGGAGGGUGCCAAGGAGUACGCCAUGCUGCACAACCCACGUUCCAAGUGCUCUGGACGCCGGCGGCGACGGCACCACGUGGUCAGCGCUUCCUGUCCCAACACAUCCACCUCCACAGUGGCCGAGACAAAAGAAGGAGAUAGUGACAGGGACACAGGCAAUGACUGGGCCUCAAGCUCCUCGGAGGCCAACUCCCGUUGCCAGACGCCCACAAAGCAGAAGGCCAGCCCUGCGCCGGCCCAGCUCUGUGUCGUCGAGGCCCCGUCCGAGCCUGUGGAAUGGACGGGGGCCGAGGAGUCUCUGUUCCGCGUCUUCCAUGGCACCUACUUCAACAACUUCUGCUCCAUCGCCAGGCUGCUGGGCACAAAGACGUGCAAGCAGGUCUUCCAGUUCGCAGUUAAAGAGUCACUCAUCUUGAAGCUACCCACCGACGAGCUCAUGAACCCCUCGCAGAAGAAGAAGAGGAAGCAUAGGCUAUGGGCUGCGCACUGCAGGAAAAUCCAGCUGAAGAAAGACAAUAACGCCACGCAAGUAUACAACUACCAGCCCUGCGACCACCCCGACCGGCCCUGCGACGGCACCUGCCCGUGCAUCAUGACCCAGAACUUCUGCGAGAAGUUCUGCCAGUGCAACCCCGACUGUCAGAACCGCUUCCCCGGCUGCCGCUGUAAGACCCAGUGCAACACCAAGCAGUGUCCCUGCUACCUGGCGGUGCGGGAGUGCGACCCCGACCUGUGCCUCACCUGCGGGGCUUCGGACCACUGGGACUCCAAGGUGGUGUCCUGUAAGAACUGCAGCAUCCAGCGUGGCCUCAAGAAGCACCUGCUGCUGGCCCCCUCGGACGUGGCCGGCUGGGGCACCUUCAUCAAGGAGUCUGUGCAGAAGAACGAAUUCAUCUCUGAGUACUGUGGUGAGCUCAUCUCCCAGGACGAGGCUGACCGGCGAGGGAAGGUCUACGACAAAUACAUGUCCAGCUUCCUCUUCAACCUCAACAACGAUUUCGUGGUAGAUGCUACUCGGAAAGGAAAUAAAAUCCGAUUUGCAAACCAUUCGGUGAACCCCAACUGCUACGCUAAAGUGGUCAUGGUGAACGGAGACCACCGCAUCGGCAUCUUCGCCAAGAGGGCCAUCCAGGCCGGUGAGGAGCUCUUCUUUGACUACAGGUACAGCCAGGCUGACGCCCUCAAGUAUGUGGGCAUCGAGCGGGAGACUGACGUCCUCUAGCAACCCUGCCACCCGCGACGCAGUCUGGCUCUCACACCCCUCUGCUGCUGGGUCUCAUACUAUCUUCCAGGCUGAGAGUGCCUCCCCUGUGUGGGGCCCUGGCUGCUUCCUGGGGGACCCUGCCAUUCUUGGGACGCAGCGAGUAGUUCCAAGGUGGCGCCUUGGCUCAGGCUUCUGGGGUCACUGGGCUCCCAGUGGCCUCCAGCCCUCUGGCAGCAGUCACCGAUGGGACACAGUGUCUGAGGGGCCCAGCCCCAAUCCUGGCAGGCAGCAGCCGUGCAGAGGGACAGGCAUCGCCUUCCUGUGGCUACUCCUGGCAGGGACUUAGCCCUCCCUGGGGACAGCGGUCUCCCUGUGCGUGUGGGCCAGUGCUGAUACUGAGGAGGCUGGGAGGCCAUCCUUGGGCUCAGGGGAAUAGGGGCCCCAAAGCUGACCCCCAGGAAGGGCUGGCCUGAGCCACCCAUGGGGAAUGUGAGUGGGCCACAGUCUCGGGGACUCCUGCAGAUUGAAGCACUUUAUUCCUUGAGGGGUUUGGAGGUCUCCAAGGCCCCAGCUCCUUGUCUGGGAGGAGGAGGUAGCCCCGGCUCUCCAGUCCCCUCCCCCAUGGAGGCGGGCAGGGGCCCAGGCUCCCUUUUUUCUCUCACCCCUUGGGUAUCCCAGGGGAGAGGUGAGGUCCUCCCAGCUGAGCUGCCUUUUGGGGGUGUAGAGAUGUGCCUAGGGCCCACUGGAAGGGGUCCGCACCCAGGCUUGCUGCAGUGUGAGCUGGGGAUAUCCUCUCGCACUCCCAGCUGAGUGACAUCAGUCUCAGGGCACAGAGGAGGUUCCCUGGAGGGUUGGCAGGAUUUUCCAUCUGAGGCUGGGCGACUCUGCCCCCAGGCCAUCCCACUGCUCCCUAUCUGGUCCUUGGUGUUCCCUCCCCUAUGUUCUUCCAUCUCAGCGAGGCCGGGGUAUGAGCGGCCAUGGCACUUCACAAUCCUAUGGCGGGAACUUCUUCCUUAAUAAAGUGUUGGCACCA